UAGCGACAGCACCUCGCCCUAACGGUGCAUCCUGCCAUGCUUGGCCCUUUUCUAUCGUUAUUUCUACUUCUUUUAGAGCUACCGGCGCCGUCGACUGCGUACUCAUGGAGUUUUACUUCGACACCAGCUCAGUGCCAAAACCUCACCGUCAGCGUCUCUGGCAGUGACGGUAAAGGACCAUAUCGCAUCCUUAUUGUUCCCUUCGGGUCAUCACCGUUUGCAAACAACACAGAAGUGCGACGAAUACUGGACCAGAAAUUUCCUUCAGACUCGGCGACAGAGGUUACCUUCCAACUGAACUAUCCCGAGAACUCGCAGUUUGUCGCAGUCGUCAGUGAUGCUACAGGAUUCGGCUCCGGCGGUACAAGCGUAGCUGCACAAGUCACUUCCUCUGACGACUUUUCCUGUUACAACGCUUCUCAGGACGUCUCACCUGAUUUUGUCUAUUCCAUUGAGCCGUCAAAUCAAAUAGUACAGUGCCAACAAACACGCAUAUGGUGGGACCCUGCAAAUGUUGAAGGCACACCCAAUUUUCUUGGCGUCAUCCCUGGUGGAGAGUCAUUCACUGUGCCGGAAGGCACUAUAACCGAAGUCACCAGCGAAGGAACGGGGUUCUCAUGGACACCUUCUAUACGCGGAGGGACAACUCUAUUGCUGGUCGGUGGCGACGAUCGAGGGAACGGUACAGCAGGCAGCGCACUCUUUACUGUCAGCAGCGGCACCUCUAACAACAGUACCUGUCUUACUUCGGAUAGUCCAAGUUCGACGCCCGGCACCCCUGCUGGAGGAACUUACCCUACGAGUGCGACCGACGAAAGUUCAGGCGGCAACAGUAGCAAUGGAAACAACACGGGUGCCAUUGUUGGUGGCGUCGUAGGUGGUGUUGUCGGUGCCAUUGCACUUCUUCUCCUGCUCUGGUUUCUCCGGCGCCGGCAUCGGCAGAAACAAGAAAAGGAAAAGACUGUGGAUUUACUGCAUGAGGAUGAUGGUGACGAACAGGCUCCAAAUUCUGCAGAGUUACCGCAGUACUACGAACCGGAGCCGUUUAUCAUUCCAGAUCCGACUGUGGCGUCCGAAGAUGGAAGGCUGAGUGCCGAUGGACGGCCAAUAAGCCAAAUCCUAUCAGUCAGGAGCGGGACACCUGACAUUCCCGGUUCAACGACAAGUAUGGGUGGUGUGAGGAAGGGCGGGCUCAGGUCGCUACGCCCUGUUAAUAUUAUUCAGCACGACGACGCGGGUCCUAGUGGUCCUCUGAGAGCAGAGGAAGAGCCAGAGACCGUCGAGCUACCGCCUGCUUACACAAAAAUCCGACAAUAAUCCCUUGUAUCCAUCGUUCACUCAAUUCUCCAGCGUGGAUUCUUUCCUUUUCUAUACCUCUGUUAUUAUGGUUGCGAGCAUACCUUCUGUCUAUUAUAACCAUUUCAUUGUCAUCGUCAUCUUUGUUCGGUCGCUAUCGAAUUCACUGCACUUUAGGCAUCAUGGACGGACGUUUCUCCCCGCAGGCCAUCGCUCUUCGCUUUUCACCUCCCUUACCCUUUGUAGUAUAUCCAUCUUUCCGCAGUGUAUCAUACAAUGUGUCGUGCGACGUACGCAACACUUACGCGUCGACGUAAUUAAUAACGGAACCCCAGCACAAAUUACUACAAUUUGAAAAAUCCUUGAUAUUCAC